GAUAGGGAGCCAAUUAGAUUAUGAGACGCAGCCCAUGUGUCUUUCGGUAGCAAACGUAUUCCUGCAUACGCUCUUUCUCACUCUGUAAAGUGUUGUUUUUGCUGUACUUGUAGGUUUAAAUACUAGUGCUGGUGUAAUAAAUACAUAUUAAUACUCAUAAGGCUUUCUUCAUUUCUCUGGCGGAUUUGUGGCGGGGGCAGCUGAGAGGACGAACAUGUCGGGAAAGAGUUUUCGCGUUAGCGACGGAGACUGGAUUUGUCCCGAUAAAAAGUGUGGAAAUGUCAACUUUGCUAGAAGAACGAGCUGUAACAGAUGUGGCAGGGAAAAGACAACUGAAGCAAAGAUGAUGAAAGCGGGGGGAACCGAGAUUGGAAAGACUCUGGCUGAGAAGAGCAGAGGUCUUUUCAGUGCCAACGACUGGCAGUGCAAAACGUGUGGUAAUGUAAACUGGGCCAGAAGAUCAGAGUGCAACAUGUGUAACACUCCUAAAUAUGCCAAACUGGAGGAAAGGACAGGAUACGGUGGAGGGUUCAAUGAGAGAGAGAAUUUAGUCUACAAUGAGCGAGAGGAGUCUGAUGGUGAAUACGAUGAGUUUGGGCGCAUAAAAAAGAAGUAUCGUGGAAAAAGCAAGAAGGACAAUGAAAAGAAAGAGGAACCCAAAAAAAAAGAUGAUGACGACGAAGAAGAAGAAGAAGAUGAUGAUGAAGAUGGAGAUCUUUCAAAAUACAAACUUGAUGAUGAUGACGAUGAUGACGAUGAUGCAGAUUUGUCCAAGUAUGAUUUGGAUGCUGAUGAUGAGAAGAAAGGCAGUCGUUCAGGCUCCUCGCGGUCUUCGUCACGCUCGUCCAGUUCAAGUUCCCGGUCUAGGUCCAGAUCCCGGUCCAGGAGCUCAUCCAGUUCCAGAUCACGAUCUCGUUCUCGCUCCAGGUCCAACUCCAGAUCCAGCUCCAGAUCAGGAAAGGGCUCUGCUUCUUCAAAGAAGAGGUCUCGCUCCCCUUCGUCAUCGCCUGAAGGAGGCCAGAAGAGGAGUCGCUCCAGGUCCUCCUCUGGUGGCCGCAAAAAAAGACGCGCACGAUCGCACUCGUCUGAAAGGUUUGGUGUAACACAUGGUGUCCUGGAUUCCAGGCGUCCUUCUGCAUUAUACACAGGGCUCUGUGAUAUAGCCGUACAUUUCUGAAACAGUCACAAAAUUGUGCUUUUCUCUGUGCAAUAUAUUUUUAAUGGUUUGUUUUGAUUUCAAGAACCAAAUCACUUAAUCGGUCAUGGUCUUUCUCUUUCUCUUUGUCUCUUUCUCUCUAUCUCUUUGUAGGCGCAGAGGCUCAUCUGGAUCAUCCCACUCUGGCUCAAGCUCAAAACAGAAAUGAUUAACAAAAGAAACAAAUUCUUUCUAAAACUGCAUGUUGUUGGUUUUGGUUUUUUGUUUUUCAAACUCCAAGUUUUGUUUUUUGGCCUAUUGCAACUACCCAACUGUUUGAAUUCAUAUUGAUUUCUAUGAAAAAAAACUUGCGCACAUGUUCACGUAACCUCUUCACAAGUUUUCUGCCUUUUGUUUUUUUUUUAAACAUCUAGCCAAAUCUCUCAACAGUAUAACUCAAAGUGUAAGCUCUGUAGUGUCAGUGGGUUUAUAGAGAAAUAACAUCAAGUCUGUGACUAUAAAUGGCACAUAUCUUCUGGACAUCAACUGUUUUAAUGGGAAAUUAUGCAAAUUAUAUUGCAGAAGUAGUUUUAUUCAUCCAUUGUCAGACAUUACUACUAUCAGAAUACUAUCAAGCAAAAACUAUUCUAUAAAAAAUACUCAGAUGCUGGGUUUAUAGUUCUUUGAUAUUAAACUCCUCACAAGAUAUGAUGAUGGCUUAAACAUUAAAUAACCACCUGAUGCCAGCAUCUUAUAGAAAGCUUUUCCUCAGAGGCGUAACAAUGCCUUGUCUAAUUGUGUGCGUUAAAGGUAAGUAUGUUUUUUCUAUACUUGUAGAGAUUUAUUUUCUUUUGGCAAGACAGAUGAAAUGUGAAUUUUUAUUUUUUUUGGUCAUUUUGGUCUUUUUUUGGUCUUUGUUCUUAAUUUUAUCAUUUGUGGAACUAAGAAACUAGACAAACUCGUGGACAAACUCAAAUUACUGAUAAAUUACUGGUUUGGAUUUCUUUUCUGUGCUCAAAUUAAAUUUGGAACAUGUGAAAUAAUCACCCUCUUCUAACAAAGAAAAUAUGAAACUGUUUUACUGUCCUUUAAAAUUGCAUAAGUGUGUAACCAACAUGAAUAAACACUUGUUAAUCUGAAA